GUCGUGGCUAGUCGGUCUGUCGGUUGCUGAUAGUUGUCUGUGGUAGUCGGGAUUGUUGGGAAAAUGGCAGCGUUCAUGAAGGCCGUGCAGACCAGAACGAGCAUGAAUGGCAUAACAAAAUUGUUCACGAAUUUGUCUUUGACCUCGAGUGUUAUUGAGUCUCCUAAACGUGCAUUUCUUCGCAGCACACCGACUUUGCACUGUGCGUUUAUACAUCUCACAUCAGAACGCCGUGAUUUGAUGGAAUUUUUUGAUGAUCCAAAAAAUUGGGGAAAGAAUGAGGUACGAGUUGGUCGGUCUUGGAAAAAGGAUGAAUUGAGAUUGAAGAGCAAUUCGGAUCUCCACAAAUUAUGGUUUGUCUUAUUGAAAGAACGUAAUAUGCUUAUGACUAUGGAAGAAGCUUGCAAUAAUGCAAACGAGAUCUUUCCAAAUCCUGAACGUUUGAACAAAGUACAAGACAGCAUGAGUAACUUGGAGUCGAUUGUUCGCGAAAGAAACAGAGCGUAUCAUUUGCUCGAAACUGGGCAGACAGGAGAACGCCCUGGAAAACUUGUUUAUAAUUGCUUAGGUAUAAGAUUUUAUUAUCAAAUGAGACAAUAUUCUAUUCCAAAGUUUGUAAACACGAAAUGGUAUAAGACACAUUUGUUUGGUUUUGGUGGAUAUGCAACUCGCAAGUUUCUACGCUUGUACAGAGAGCAACUGUGGAACAAGAAACGCAAAGCAAGAACACGUAACAAAAAUCGUGUUGCAAUGUUAAUGAGAAAAUUCCCGAAUAUGGAUCUUGAAGCUGUGAAAGAACAGUUUCCAGAUGUUGACAUAGAAAAGACAAAAGCAUCCAAAAGAGCAAAAAGCCAUACUGUACCUGUGUAGGUGCAAUUUCUGUUAAUGCAAAUUAUUAAACGUUUUGAGAUACUCGAUUGCUAAUA